AUGCCAAACUUCUUUCUUUACCUUGGUCCGAACGGCGGACCGCCUUCCGGCUCGUUCAUCGCUACACUGGAAUAUAUCGCCGAGUAUAUGAUCAAAUGUAUAUCCAAGAUGCAGCGGGAGCAUAUUCUUUCUAUGGAAGUUCGACAGGAAGCACUGGAGUCAUUUUCGCAGCAAGUGGAGAAAUACUUUGCGAAAACAAUCUUCACUUACAAAUGCCGUUCUUGGUUCAAGAGAAAUCAAGAUGACGGCAAAGUCGUUGGGUUGUGGCCAGGUUCUAACACUCAUGCUCAACAAGCUCUCCUCAAUCCGAGAUACGAAGAUUUCACUUACGUCCAUAUGGAAGAUGCUCGCGACAAUAUCCUUUCUUGGCUAGGCAAUGGACUUACUGUAGCUCAGAUCGAGAAUGGUGCGACGACAGCGUAUUUGGACAAUGUUGACGUGCCGCCCAUUCUCAACCACACUAAGAGACCCAAGAAGUCUCCAUCGCAGAACACGACGCCUGCGAUAGCUCUUUCUGCUUCUGCCGCAAAUGGAAUUGUGGCUCAUGAGGAUGCGAAUGGAGAUGGCGACAAGGGAUCGGGCGGGUUCGCCACUGGCUUCUAG